GCACUGAGAAAUAAGGGGCAAGUGUUUGAAUAAAGCUUCGAUGGCUACUGGAGAAGACUCAGGGUUAGUGCCGUGGAUUCGCAAGAAACUCGGUUUCAAGACCCCAGCAGAGAGGAGAACGAGGCUGGACACUGUGCCAGAUACACCCAGGAGACUGGACACUGUGCCAGAUACACCCACUGUUCAGGAGCAGCUGGCCAGGGAUCUGUGGGAGGCUGUAUACAAUGAGGAUGUCAGCAAAGUGAGGUCCGUUUUGAAACAGGGGGCCAACCCCAAUCACCAGCUCUACUGGAAUGAGGAGUGGUGUGAUGUGUUUAAGAAGAAUAGACGCCCUCCAGUACACCAUGCAUGCUGGAGGGGCUACCUGGAGAUCACUAGAGCACUCGUUAGUGGUGGAGCUGAUAUAGAGAAAGGUAGUGAAGGAUUGGGCAUGACUGCAUUUCACUAUGCGUGUAUGGGAGGACAUAUGGAGACUGUGGUGUAUCUCUCACAAGAGUUGAAAUGCCGUAUUGAUGUGAGGGACAAGUUGGGCCGAACACCACUGCACAGUGCUUGUGCGGGAGGAAGUAUACAAGUAGUGAAAUACCUUGUUGAGGUACUCAAGGUUGAUGUUGAUGUGACUGAUGAUGAUGGCAGGACUCCUCUUGACCUGGCAGUAGAGUGGAGGUACACUGAAGUUAUUAAUUAUCUCCGGUCUCUACCACCCUCCACUCCUGAACCAGAUACUCCAAAUGGUUCCGAACAACUUCUUUCUAAUUCAAUUGUUGACAAGACCUCAUCAAUGACCUCUGACCCUCUGUCUGGUCAACAGACACCCAGUGCUGGCGAUGAACAACCAGAAACAACUGAUACUCAAAAUGAUUCCACACAACUUUCAACGGAUGACCAAACCUUGUCAAGCACUCCAUUGACUGAGGAAGACUCUGAUGCUCUAGAAAAGCUGCUCCUAGACAACAAAAUCUCUUUGACUGGUGAAAGGACAUAUGAGACAGUAGUUCACCACCUUCGUGAGCUCGGACAUAUGGAACUUGCAGCCAACCUGAGGGAAAACCUCGACAAAGUGAUUGGAGAGCAAAAGCGAUAUCUGAAGAAAUUAGACGAUCUGAUGACUGACAAAGACACUAUCUCCAUGCAGUACCUCCGCCUCCUUCUUGUCGGGCCACCAUUCGUGGGGAAAACAACAACUCUUGGCCGUUUACUGAAAGAUAUUGAAAACAUUAGUUCUGCUGGAGACAAGGCAAAGCUACGCAGUACGCUACUCACCAAUUGCCAUCAAGUGGUCGCCUACAUGAACAAAGAUGCCACAGAAUGGGUUUGUUCUAAAGAUGUAGAAGAGGAAGCAAAGAUCCUCUUUGGCUACAUGUACAGUAGCAAGGUCGAUGAAGUUCCGAGUGCUCCAACUGAGAAAAAGACAAAAACUGUCCCCGAAAGCGAAAAGCACACAAGCACACCCAAGCCACUUUCUCUUGAAAAGCCUCAGUCAAAGCCUCAAGAAGAAACACACUCUGAAAUACAAGAGAAUGCUCACCAACAAAACAGGCUCAUACCCAUCAAAGCUAGAUUACAAAAACUGAUAAAGAACGGAAACUACUCUGAAAUGGCCAAAUGUCUCGGCAACACCUUGCUAAACAUCAACGAUGUUGGAGGACAACCUGCCUUCCUAGAAAUGCUACCAGCCCUAUGUAAUGGUCCUGCCAUGUAUCUAGUGUUCUUGGAUCUAAGCAAGGAACUUGACGAACCCUACGAUAUUCCCUUCAGUCGUGACAACACAGUCAUUACUCCAUUCAAAGCUGCUCACACAGUGGAAGCCACCGUCUCUCAAAUCCUCUCAGCAGUUGCAAGUAUCCAUCACGUCUCUCGAGAAGAUGCCAAGUACAAAACCACCUCCAAAUUGAGCGAGACGUUUGAAAAGUUCCAACAAGUUUGUCCGGUAGCAGCUUUGAUUGGUACUCACGUGGACAAGCUGGAGAAUCCGAAAGAGAAAAUCAAGCAAGUCAACGAUGCUCUAAAAGCAACUACUCAAAAGUUUGCCGAGAUCCUUGUAUCACCUCCGCCAGAUUCUGAAUCUUCCUUUUUUGCCGUGGACAACUUUGCUGGAACGGAACAGUCUGACAUUGCCCCGAUUCGUGAUUUCCUGAGCGAUGUUUUUGCGUCUCAUUUCAAGGAUGCAUCUCUGCCCAUCAAACCGAAAUGGCUCCUACUGGGCACACUACUGCGGAUGGAGUACUCAAUCGUGUCGAUGGAAGACUGCCUGGAAAUCGGGAGAUUGUUAGAGAUGGAUGAAGAAGAUACCAAAUUCUGUCUUUGGUACCUACAGAAGAUUGGAUCCAUACUCUAUUACGGGAAUGUACCCAAUGAUAUCGAUGGCUGGCUAAGCAACCACAUGUUCUGCACCCCUGAAGUGAUCUUCACUAGCAUCAGCCAACUGAUCCUUGCUGCUUUACGCAUCCUCCAUUCUGAAGGUCACGUCACUGAAUUUGAGCGAGCGGAGUUGGUCAAGAUGGGGCAGUUUUCACUGGAGGCCAUUAUCAAGUACUGUAAUGGUCCUGAUGUUGCAAAACUGCUCAAGAAAGGAGAGAUUAUCCCAGCCAAGCAUCUCAUCAUACUGCUGCAAUAUCUCAACCUUUUGUCCGAAAUUGUUCGCAAAGAUGCCAAUGAUCCGAAGGUCACUCGAACCACAUACCUCAUGCCGGCUAUUUUGGACUGUGCUUCACAAGACGAGCUAGCCAACCCACCUCAACCAGACCCAGAACCACUCCAUAUCACAUUCAGCUUUGGUUACGUACCAACAGGAGUCUUCUGUGGGCUCAUCACUCGACUAGUUUCCCAAGGCCCUCAUGGAAUUCUCGGAUUGACAUGGGAAUUGGUGGAAGAUGGCGUCAAACGAAAUUGUGUUUCGUUUUUUGUCGAUGAUGUUCAUACGGUUACACUACUCUCCCACGAAAAGAGCUACGAAAUUCGAAUCUCUCGAGACGACCCUGACACCUCUCUUCAUGACCUCUGUGGAUAUGUGCUGGCAGCAAUCCUCUACACUCUCAAGUGCCUGUUCCAGCAUCUGGUUAUGCAUAUUGCAUUCCAAUGUCCCUGUUCCAAGGAUUGUACUGAACGCAGCGUCAACCAUCUGUGUGCUCUCUCUAGCAAAUCACGAAUCAGGUUUAUCUGUGAGGCUUCCAAGAAAGCAGUUGGUCUUAAAGCAGAACAGCAAGUCUGGCUAGGGAAGACUGUAAGUGUUGGUCAGAAGGCAAGCUUGUGUGUGCUCAAGUUUGUUAGAAAGUCUGUCGAUCAGUUCUCCUUUGAUUGGAGCAAAGUGGGAGAUGAUGACACAGCACCUGUUCUCAGCAAACCCAACACUGUGAGCUUCCAGAGUGUGAGAGAGGAAGACUUUGGUCACUACCAGUGUGAGGUGAAGGAUGCAGCUGCUGGGAAAGUGCUCCUCACUCUCUACACAGCUCUCUACAAAGAGGACACAAGUAAUGCAGUGACUCCACUAGCCACUCCACACACAACCACUCAGUCAGUUCAUGAGACGACAGCGACUGCAGCUCAGUUGAGUCGUGAGUGCUCGGAUAAAGCUCUUCUCCAGUUGUCUACUGAGAUUGCUGGCUAUGACAGAUACAAGUACAGGCUGGGCCUCAGUGAUGCUGAGAUUGGUGCUAUCGAUCGGAGUACUUCCAUCGUUGAUAACAUCCCAGGGAGGUUUCACGCUGCUCUAAAGAAGUGGAAGAGUAAAAGCAUCAUUCUCGACAAUCCAUCGAAUUCAACAGCUACUUACGAUCGAUUAGUGGAAAUUGCCUCAGAGAUUGAGGACGGAGAGGCAGUUCGCAGCAUUCACAAGGCCUGUGUGGAGCAUACCAUUCAACCACAUCAGACGAUAGUGACAGCGACUGCCGCUCAGUUGAGUAGUGAGUGCUCGGAUGAAGCUCUUCUUCAGUUGUCUACCGAGAUUGCUGGCUAUGACAGAUACAAACUCAGGCUGGGCCUCAGUGAUGCUAAGAUUGACGCUAUCGAUAAGUGUCCUUCCAUGGUUGAUAAUAUCCCAGGAAGAUUUCUCGCUGCUCUGAAGAUGUGGAAGAGUAAAAGUAUUCUCGAAAUGUAUCCAUUGAAUUCAACAGCUACUUACGGUCGAUUAGUGGAAAUUGCUACAAAGAUUGAGGACGGAGAGGCAGUUCGCAGCAUUCACAAGGCCUGUGUGGAGCAUACAUGACUGGAGGUCAUGGAUCAGUCAACACCAUCAGACACUACCAACACUAUAGAACCAUAAGCACAUUUGCACAUUAUUUUGUUUUGUUUGACGCUUAUUGUGGUAAUGAAUAAAGUGGCAUGGGUUUUUUUUACUGACAAUGUUCUUGGUAUGGAU